AUUAAUAAUCUUGAAUAUCAUAUAAUAAAUAUUUGUAUUUUUAUAUUUCGUCUAGCGAAAUAUAAGAUGUAUGUAACAAAAAAUGCUUUAUUGACAAGUGAAAACUAACCUAAUUACUAAAUAUACUGAACGUAACAAUAUAAUUAUUGAAGAAAUGGAUGUUCAACGACACUCGGUUCAUACUUUAGUAUUUCGUUCGUUAAAAAGAACACAUGAUAUGUUCUUAGCUAAUCAAGGAAAUCUCCCACCAACUGAUUCAAUUUUAGAAAAAUUAAAAAUUGGAGUAAAAGCGAAAGAUUGUUACGGCUCAGUUUUCCAACAAGUUAAUUUAAAUAAUGAAAUAAAGAAAAGAAAAGAUAGUGAAAUAAGUGCAUCAUCGGAAAUUGAACCUUUAAAUAAUAGUUUAACUAUAGUUCCAAGUAAUCCUGUACAAGUCGUUGACAAUGUUGUAUCCAAUAUUAUGACAAAUCCAAUUAAAAAGACUUUGCCAAUAGCUAAACCAAAGUGGCAUGCACCGUGGAAACUUUAUAGAGUUAUUAGUGGUCAUUUAGGUUGGGUACGUUGUUGUGCUAUUGAACCUGGAAAUGAAUGGUUUGCUACUGGUUCUGCAGAUAGGGUUAUAAAAAUAUGGGAUUUAGCUACAGGGAAACUUAAAAUUUCAUUAACUGGUCAUAUCAGUAGUGUAAGAGGACUUGCCUUUUCACAAAGGCAUCCAUAUUUAUUUUCAUGUGGUGAAGAUAGACAAGUAAAAUGCUGGGAUUUAGAAUACAAUAAAGUUAUAAGACAUUACCAUGGUCAUUUAUCAGCAGUAUAUUCUAUGGCAUUACAUCCUACAAUUGAUGUAUUAGUGACUGCUGGCCGAGAUUGUACAGCUAGAGUAUGGGAUAUGAGAACAAAAGCAAAUGUGCAUACAUUAACCGGUCAUACCAAUACUGUGGCAAGCGUUAUUUGCCAAGUUUUUGAUCCCCAAAUUAUCACUGGUAGUCAUGAUUGUACUAUAAGACUAUGGGAUUUGGCAGCAGGUAAAUCAAGAGUGACUCUUACAAAUCAUAAGAAAAGUGUAAGAGCGAUUGCGUUUCAUCCAACAUUAAAUAUGUUUGCUUCUGCAUCACCAGAUAAUAUUAAACAAUGGAAAAGUGAAGAUGGAAAAUUUAUUCAAAAUUUAUCGGGUCACAAUGCAAUUAUAAAUUGUCUUGCAGUAAAUGAAGAUGGUGUUUUAGUAUCUGGAGCUGAUAAUGGUACAAUGCAUUUAUGGGAUUGGAGAACUGGAUAUAAUUUUCAACGCUUGCAAGCUCCAGUUCAACCAGGAUCAAUGGACUCUGAGGCUGGUGUAUUUAGUAUUACAUUUGAUAUGUCCGGUACAAGAAUGAUUACAACUGAAGCUGAUAAAACUAUUAAAGUAUAUAAAGAAGAUAAUGAAGCCUCAGAAGAAAGUCAUCCUAUUAAUUGGAAACCAGACAUUGUUAAGCGAAGAAAAUAUUAAAUAAUAUUUAUUAAAUUAAAUUA